GUCUCUGGCCUGUCGGGAGGACCUCUGGUGCUGUGGUGGAAGCCAGCGGCUAAGUCUCGUGUAUGGCGUGGUUACGGCUGCAGCCUCUCACCUCUGCCUUCCUCCAUUUCGGCCUGGUUACUUUUGUCCUUUUCUUGAACGGUCUUCGAGCAGAGUCUGGUGGCGCAGGGGACGUGCCCAGUACGGGGCAGAACAAUGAGUCUUGUUCAGGGUCAUCAGACUGCAAGGAGGGUGUUAUUUUGCCAAUCUGGUACCCAGAGAACCCUUCCCUUGGGGACAAGAUUGCCAGGGUCAUUGUCUAUUUUGUGGCCCUGAUAUACAUGUUCCUUGGGGUGUCGAUCAUUGCCGAUCGCUUCAUGGCAUCUAUUGAAGUCAUUACUUCUCAAGAAAGGGAGGUAACUAUCAAAAAGCCCAAUGGGGAAACCAGCACAACCACGAUUCGGGUCUGGAAUGAGACUGUCUCCAACCUGACCCUAAUGGCCCUGGGUUCCUCUGCUCCCGAGAUCCUCCUGUCUUUGAUUGAAGUGUGCGGCCAUGGGUUCAUCGCUGGUGAUCUGGGCCCUUCCACCAUUGUCGGCAGUGCAGCCUUCAACAUGUUCAUCAUCAUCGGCAUCUGUGUCUAUGUGAUCCCCGACGGAGAGACUCGAAAGAUCAAGCACCCCCGAGUCUUCUUCGUCACCGCCGCGUGGAGCAUCUUUGCCUACAUCUGGCUGUAUAUGAUCCUGGCAGUUUUCUCCCCUGGCGUGGUCCAGGUUUGGGAAGGCCUCCUCACUCUCUUCUUCUUUCCCGUGUGUGUCUGUCUUGCCUGGAUCGCAGACAGGCGACUGCUGUUCUACAAGUACAUGCAUAAAAAAUACCGCACAGAUAAACACCGAGGAAUUAUCAUAGAGACAGAGGGGGACCACCCCAAGGGAAUCGAGAUGGAUGGGAAAAUGAUGAAUUCUCACUUCCUCGACGGAAACCUGCUACCUCCAGAAGUGAAGGAGGUUGAUGAAUCCCGCAAGGAGAUGAUACGGAUCCUCAAGGACCUGAAGCAGAAACACCCGGAGAAGGACUUAGAUCAGCUGGUGGAGAUGGCCAAUUAUUAUGCCCUCUCCCAUCAGCAGAAGAGCCGCGCCUUCUACCGGAUCCAGGCCACUCGGAUGAUGACCGGUGCGGGUAACAUCCUAAAGAAACAUGUAGCCGAACAAUCCAAGAAGGCCACUAACAUAGGGGAGUUGCAUGCCAGUGAGCCCGAGGACUUUGUCUGCAAGAUCUUCUUUGAUCCAUGCUCUUACCAGUGUCUGGAGAACUGUGGGGCUGUGCUCCUGACAGUUGUGAGGAAAGGCGGGGACAUGUCCAAGACCAUGUACGUCGACUACAAAACAGAAGAUGGUUCCGCCAACGCGGGGGCUGACUACGAGUUCACAGAGGGCACCAUAGUUCUGAAGCCAGGAGAGACCCAGAAGGAAUUCUCUGUGGGGAUCAUUGAUGACGACAUUUUCGAGGAGGAUGAACAUUUCUUUGUGAGGCUGAGUAACGUCCGCGUGGAGGAAGAGCAGCCGGAGGAGGCCAUGCCCCCAGCAAUGCUCAGCAGUUUCUCCCUACCUCGGGCUGUCAUCGUAUCCCCUUUUGUGGCCACCGUCACCAUCUUGGAUGACGACCACGCAGGCAUCUUCACAUUUGAAUGUGACACUAUUCACAUCAGUGAGAGUAUUGGUGUUAUGGAGGUGAAGGUUCUGCGGACCUCAGGUGCCCGGGGCACGGUCAUCGUCCCUUUUAGGACGGUGGAAGGGACAGCCAAGGGUGGUGGUGAGGACUUUGAAGAUACAUUCGGGGAGUUGGAAUUCAAGAAUGAUGAAACUGUCAAAACAAUUCACGUCAAGGUAAUUGAUGAUGAGGCGUAUGAGAAAAACAAGAAUUACUUCAUUGAGAUGAUGGGUCCCCGCAUGGUGGAUAUGAGUUUUCAGAAAGCAAUCCUGUUGUCUCCAGACAGGAAGCUGACUGUGGAGGAAGAGGAGGCCAAGAGAAUAGCAGAGAUGGGAAAGCCAAUAUUGGGUCAACAUCCUAAACUAGAGGUCAUCAUUGAAGAAUCCUAUGAGUUCAAGAGUACGGUGGACAAACUGAUCAAGAAGACGAAUCUGGCUUUGAUUGUGGGGACCCAUUCCUGGAGGGACCAGUUCAUGGAGGCCAUCACUGUUAGCGCAGCAGGGGAUGAGGAGGAGGAUGAGUCGGGGGAGGAAAGACUGCCAUCCUGCUUUGACUACGUCAUGCAUUUCCUGACGGUCUUCUGGAAGGUGCUGUUUGCCUGUGUGCCCCCCACGGAGUACUGCCACGGCUGGGCCUGCUUUAUCGUCUCUAUCCUCAUCAUCGGCAUACUCACAGCCAUAAUUGGGGACCUGGCCUCCCACUUUGGCUGCACCAUUGGCCUCAAGGACUCCGUCACAGCUGUUGUUUUUGUGGCAUUUGGCACCUCUGUGCCAGAUACAUUUGCCAGCAAAGCAGCCGCCGUCCAGGAUAUAUAUGCAGAUGCCUCCAUUGGCAAUGUCACGGGCAGCAAUGCGGUCAACGUGUUCCUGGGCAUUGGCCUAGCCUGGUCCGUGGCCGCCAUCUACUGGGCCAUGCAGGGACAGGAGUUCCACGUGUCAGCGGGCACCUUGGCCUUCUCCGUAACGCUCUUCACCAUCUUUGCGUUUGUCUGCAUCAGCGUGCUCUUGUACCGGCGGCGGCCCCACCUGGGUGGGGAGCUGGGGGGCCCUCGUAGCUGCAAGCUGGCCACGACUUGGCUCUUUGUGGGCCUGUGGCUCCUCUAUAUACUCUUUGCCUCGCUAGAGGCCUAUUGCUACAUCAAGGGGUUCUGA